AUGGUAAGUUUAGACAAAAUAAAACAAUUUAUAUUUAAAAAUGAUGAUAUAAUAAUAAUGAGGAUUUUUUACUAUUUUUCUAGUAAUAUAGAAUAUUUUAAAUUGUCUAAUAGAACAAUUAUUGUUAAUGAAGUUAAAUAA